AUGAAGACCACAGACCUCAAUAUAGCCUCGACCAAGAGGACCUUUUUCGCCAUUAGUGCGUUUGGGUUUUGCAUCCUGCUAGGAGUCUUGACCAUCAAUGGUGCCAUGUAUCAGCUUUUCCGCACAAUGUGGAAUCAAAGAUUUAGUGACGGCAGUCUAAGACACAAUGUGUACACCGGUUUCGCAGCGGUCGACUAUCUCAUCGCGAUGCCGGUCGGUUUCUGGACUCCAGCCAUUACCCAGUAUCCAGCUUUAAAGCUGCAAUCGGUGGUUCUUUAUCCAGCGUUGCAAUCUCUAGCGGCAUGGGCUAGUGUUGAGGGCUUUCGGAGGAGUGGAAAUAAGCCUCUAAUGCUGCGUCUCGCUCCUCUGUCUGUAUUUGUGUGGAUGUGGCUUGGAACUGGUGUUUUUAUGGGCCUGUUCUGCUAUUACGAUUUAUUCUUUCACUUUUAUUCCACUCGUACAAGUGACAACUUACCUAGUGUCCCUUACCACUACGCCGUGUCACUCCCAUUCGCCUCGGCUCUGGCCUACAUUUGGCCAUACAUUCUUAUUCACUUCCCACCUGCUGGAAUGACAAGUGCGCAGCACCAACAAGUAAUCGCAAUCAACCAAUUCGGAAGCAUCUUUUGCUAUCUACUCGUCGCUGGUGGUGCGAGCUUUGUGUCGUCUAAUCACACCGAUCGGACGCCUCGAUCUCGAAAUGCUGACAUCUCCUGGAUUCAAGGGACUUAUGCCCUUUUCGGGUUGUUUUCAGCACUUGUCCAUUUGGCGUCCAUUGGCACCAUUCUGCGAUCCGAUAAUCCAGGGGUCUCGCUUUCAAAAGUCUUCAUUCCAAGCUUUGGUGAUAUGCUCGGCACCGACCAUUCGAAGUCAGUCAUGAUGGCUCCAGAAGUCCAUUUUUUUCUGCAGUGGGAUUUCACCCUUUUUGUCCUAAUUACUGCAAUCUGGAGCACUCGCGUUAUCGAAAUCAUGUAUCCUCACAUCGGAAGUAAUAAUUCUGCCCGCAGUAGCGCUCUGAUUUUUUUCUUCAGUGUUGCGGGCUACCUGAUUAACCCUGGAGCUAUUCUCUCGGUGAUCUUAUACAUCAGGGAAGGAUUUUUGAGAAAUGAGGACAGCAAUAAAGACAAAUCCAAUUAG